ACGGCACGGCCUGCUAAUUCAAAUUUCUUAUUUGAAAAUUAAUUAUUUUCCAUGUCCCUACAAAUUUCACGGGCUUUGCGUUCUUCUGUUCGUUUGCAAUUUUAUGGCAAAUAUAUUUGUCAACGUAACAUAGGGCGCCAUUGCAAAUUGUUACGUAGCAUAGACCGUUAUUUGGAGUGGGGUAGCGGGCGUGCGAGGGGGGUACGUAUUGGCUGUGCGGGUGCAAUCGGAGUGCGAGUUCACUCUGUCACUCGGUCAUUACGGUAUUUCUCUUGCGUACGGCCCACAUUUACGAUAUUGAAAGAAAAAGUGACAAUGCCAGAAAACAAACCGUUCCAACGACUUCCUAAAAAUGUUAUUCCUAAACAUUACGAAUUACAUUUAAUUCCUAAUCUAGAGAAAUUUACGUUUACGGGCUCUACUAGGGUGAAAGUGUCGAUUGUUACCUCUACCAAAGAAAUUGUACUCAAUAGCUUAGAUUUGGAGUUCAAGAGCGUUAAACUCCAAUAUGAUGAAGGUGGAGCAGCUACUACACUUAAUCCAGUGGAAGUCAAAGUCGACGCAGCAGAUGAAACAGCAACUAUCGUGUUUGACAAUGCAUUGCCUGAAGGAACCGCAACAUUGUUUUGCGAUUUUGUUGGUGAAAUCAAUGAUAAGAUGAAAGGCCUCUAUAGGAGCAAGUAUUUGACUCCUAGUGGCGAAGAACGUUAUGCAGCAGUAACUCAAUUUGAGGCCACAGAUGCUAGAAGAUGUUUUCCCUGCUGGGAUGAACCUGCCAUCAAAGCCACAUUUGAUAUAACUUUAGAAGUGCCCUCUGAUAGAGUUGCAUUGUCCAACAUGCCAGUUAAAGAAGAAAAAAUAGUUGGCGAUAAUAAAAUCAUGCAGUUUGAUACAACACCAAUUAUGUCUACAUACCUGGUAGCUGUUGUGGUUGGAGAGUAUGAUUAUGUGGAGAAAAAGUCUCAUGACGGAGUGCUUGUGCGUGUGUACACCCCUGUAGGAAAAAGCAAACAGGGAUUGUUUGCAUUAGAAGUUGCUGCUAAAGUUCUUCCUUAUUAUAAGGACUACUUUGAUAUUGCAUAUCCAUUGCCAAAAAUAGACUUGAUAGCUAUUGCUGAUUUUUCAGCUGGUGCUAUGGAAAAUUGGGGUCUAGUCACUUACAGAGAAACUUGUCUGCUUGUUGAUGAGGAGCACACUUCAGCUGUGAGGAGACAGUGGAUAGCUUUGGUUGUGGGUCACGAGUUGGCUCACCAGUGGUUUGGUAACUUGGUAACUAUGGAAUGGUGGACACAUCUGUGGUUGAAUGAGGGUUAUGCAUCAUUUGUUGAAUUUCUGUGUGUCAAUCAUCUGUUUCCAGAAUAUGACAUAUGGACUCAGUUUGUAACCGAGACAUACAUACGAGCAUUAGAAUUGGACUGUUUAAAAAAUUCACAUCCUAUUGAAGUCCCUGUGGGUCAUCCAUCAGAGAUAGAUGAAAUAUUUGAUGAUAUUUCUUACAACAAAGGUGCAUCAGUUAUUAGGAUGUUGCAUAGAUACAUUGGUGAUGAUGAUUUUCGCAAAGGCAUGAAUAUUUACCUUACUAGACACCAGUACAAAAACACAUUUACUGAAGAUUUAUGGGCAGCAUUAGAAGAGGCUUCAAAUAAGCCUGUAGGAGCUGUCAUGUCAACUUGGACCAAGCAAAUGGGUUUCCCUAUGGUGCAGGUCAGUUCUGAGCAAAGAGGGCCCCAUCGUGUAUUAAAAUUGACACAACAAAAAUUCUGUGCUGAUGGCAGCCAAGGUGAUGAUAUAAUAUGGAUGGUGCCCAUCACUAUCUCUACUCAAGAGCAACCUUCUAAGGUGGCGCUUUCAACAGUUCUGGAUAAACAUACUCAAGAAGUUGUAUUAGAAAAUGUGGCUGAAGAUUCUUGGGUCAAACUGAACCCUGGAACUGUAGGAUAUUAUCGCACGCGAUAUGAGCCAGUUCUAUUAGAGCGUUUAGUGGGCGCCAUUCGAGACGGUUCGUUGCCACCUCUAGACCGUCUCGGUUUGCUUGACGAUUGCUUCGCGUUUGUCCAGGCGGGACAUGCACACACCAAUGAGUCAUUGAAACUGAUGGAAGCAUUCAGCAAUGAAACCAAUUUCACCGUAUGGUCGUCUAUAGCGAAUUGCUUAUCGAAACUGAGCGCUCUAUUUUCUCACACGGCUCUCGAUAAACCACUCAAAAAUUAUGGCCGUAAAUUGUUUGCCAAUGUUACCAAGCGCCUCGGAUGGGACGCCGAAGAAAAAGAAAGCCAUUUGGAUACUCUGCUCAGAAGCUUGGUGCUCAACAGGAUGAUCAGUUUUGAAGAUCCUGAUACUAUUAAAGAGGCUAAAAUUCGUUUCGAGAAGCACAGCAGCGGCUCGUGCCCGCUGCCGGCGGACCUGCGCUCGGCGUGCUACCGCGCGGUGCUGGCGGGCGCGGACGCGGGCACGUUCGAGCGCUUCCUGCAGCUGUACCGCGCGGCCGACCUGCACGAGGAGAAGGACCGCAUCAGCCGCGCGCUCGGCGCCGUCAAGGACCCCGCGCUGCUCAACCGCGUGCUCGAGUUCGCUAUCUCGGAUGAAGUACGUUCUCAAGACACAGUGUUCGUGAUCGUUUCUGUGGCAGUGAGCAGAAAUGGACGUGAUUUGGCCUGGCAGUUCUUCAAGGACCACUGGCAGGAAUUUAUGGACCGUUACCAGGGAGGCUUCCUCCUCGCGCGCCUAGUGAAAUCAACGACGGAGAACUUCGCGUCGGAGGCGAGCGCGCGCGAGAUAGAGGAGUUCUUCGCAACGCACAAGUCGCCCGGCACCGAGCGCAGCGUGCAGCAGGCGCUGGAGACCGUGCGCCUCAACGCGGCCUGGCUGCGGCGCGACCUCGCCUCCACCACCGCCUACCUGCAGCCCUACCACUGACCGAAUCUUAUAACACAAGACUGAAAGCUACAACGAAAUAUCAAAGCAUCAUUAUUUUCAAUUGGGUAAACAUUGUAUAAGUUUAAUUUAUUUUCUGACAUAAUUAAUAUUAACUUGUUGUAUUAAUUAUUAAUGUGUUAAUUAUUGUAAUAUUAUAAUAGAAAAUUAUUGCGGAAAAGUCAAUUAGUUUGAACUUUGGCUUAAAAACAAUUUGAUUUGAUGUCAUUUAAAAUUAGAACCUAUUCUCCAAGUAAAAAUUGAGAACCAUCUCAAUGUAAUGAGUUAUUCUUUUCCGUUGAAUUUAUUUAAUAUAAAUGCACUUUAUAGUUUAUUAUAAAUUAAACUUAGCAUUUACUUUAAUAUAUCAAUACACCAAAACUUGCAAAACAGAAGACAACUGUAUAAAUGUAUAAAUUUUAAUUUAUGUUUAUAAAGACUUCUUUUGCGAUAUUGUAGCUAGCUCACUAUGGUGCUGAAUACUUUGUGUUGAUUCAAAAAUGAUUCUGUAAUAUAAUCUUUAGUUUUACUAGAAAUUCACUUUAGUUGCUUACUAAUCAUAUUAUUAUAUAGUAAGGGGAUAUCAAUAGGCACUUUCUCAACAUUCUAAAAAUUGUAUUUAGUCGUCUUACAUUUCCUGAAAAAAAUAAUAUUGGAAGCAUCAUUUUGAUGUAGAUAAUAUUAUAUUAUAAGAAAUGUUAUAAAGUUACCAGCAUUUUAUGUCCUGAUUUGUUGUAAGACUGUGUUAUUGAAAUAAAUCGUACAAAAGUACCUGCAAAA